AUGGGCACGUUUAUGAACGAUUUUAAGGGAAGAUCUGCUGUUGUACCCUUGGAAUUUCUCGUGCUACCUGUUGAUGAAUUCCCACCUGUCUUCUCUCAUACUAGCUACACCUUCCAAAUUCCUCUCAACGUUGACGUUGGAGCUAUAGUUGGAGAAGUCCAAGCGGUCGAUGCAGACGGAGGCGUGCAUGGAGUUCCGCGCUACCGGAUUGAACCGCCCAACGCUUUGGUAUCGGUUGAAGCAAAUACUGGCCAGGUUUAUUCCAUCAGCCGAGGACAAGCCAAGGAAAGAAAUGGAGAGAGCUGUUGUGUUACACGAUUAGCUUGUUCUCCUAAACCUGCCUUGCCAAGCAAUGUUCCGCAGCAGUACACCCAAUCUCGGCACACAGCUCCAACGUUCCAACCUUUGACAGAAAUCUUCGAUGAGCUCGAAGAGAUCCAGAGAGAACAAGGGAGGAAACGAGAAUAUAUCCAGGUGGAGAUUUAA